AUGGCGAAUCGAUUGGUGACUCACUUCUUCACCUCACGACGAGUCUCAGUGGUGGUUGAUAUCGAAGGACGGGAAACAUCGCCCACCUCGAAGCCAUCCUUUGGACUCUACAGUUCCGCCAGUCACUGGGUCCGAACAAACCUGAUUGUUCCAGCGGCCUUUGGUUCACAUCACCAACGUCUGUACUUUUGGUGUACUAUCCCAACUCGCAUGGAAACACUGGUUGUUGUAGCGUUCUGGAUUCUCAAUCUGAUCCUCUGUGGGGUCACAUAUGAGAUAUUCUAUCCGAAUCUAUAUUACACGACCGCGAUGCAACAUUGGAGAUAUAUCGCAGACCGUACUGGCAUAAUCAGCUACGCCAAUCUGCCCAUACUGUGGAUAUUCUCCGGAAGGAAUAACAUAUUUCUAUGGUUGACUGGAUGGAGCUUUUCGACAUUUAAUAUCUUUCACCGCCAUGUCGCUCGGAUAGCCACCAUCCAAGCCGUCAUCCAUUCUGUCUGCUAUUCAGCUCUUGAAGCCAACUAUGGUGCCUUUGCGGAGUCGUGGACCGAACAAUACUGGUACAUGGGAGGCAUGGCAACGGUUACUAUGAGUUUUUUGCUCGUGUUAUCAUCUGCCUGGCUCAGGGAGAGGUUCUACGAGAUCUUCCUUCUUAUUCACAUCGUUUUAUCAGUUGUUACAAUUGUUGGUCUAUUCUACCACACUAGGAUCUUUGAAGGAGAAUACGACCCUUACCUCUGGCCCCUAGUAGCCAUCUGGGUAUUCGAUCGUGUCGCUCGCCUUGUCCGUCUCGCUUAUUGCAAUCUCCACCUCAGACUGUCUGACAAUGUCGUUGGCACGAAGACUGAGGCCUCGUAUGAUCAAGAUGCCAAUUUGAUACGCCUGGAGGUCACACCAGGAUCAAGAAUGCUGAAAGCAAGAGCAGGCCAACAUUACUACUUAUACCAGCCCUUGAAGUUCAAAGGAUGGGAGAAUCAUCCGUUCACACUCGGGGGUUGGAAAAGUGCUGAUCAGUCGGGCCAGAGUGCGGGAGCUUCCGUGCCCCCGGGCAUUGACCCUCACGCCUCUUACGAGAUCAAAGGAAAGAACAAGGAAGUUCAAGUUGUAGGAGUGGACACACUGGCAUCGUCAAGUGACCCCUCAUCUGAAGAAGCUUCAAUCUCUUCCUUCAAACAUGCCUCCUCCAAUCCGCAAGAGCUCACCCAUACAUCCACAACUUCCAGCCAAGAUACACUCGUGUUCUUUGUUCGUCCCUACAGCAGCUGGACCCUCCGCCUACGUGACGAAUGCAUCAAGUCGUCCAGCCCUUCUGUCAACACCCACGUCCUCCUCGAAGGACCAUACGGCGAGCACAGCCCAGUCCAUAGCUAUGAGAACGUUGUCUUCAUCGUCGGCGGGAGUGGCAUCAGUGGCGCUUUGCCUUAUAUGCAGGAGUACCUCGAAUCAACAACGUCGGUUCAAUCAACAGCAGAAGGCAACAAGCAGACUAGCCGCACACGGACAAGACAGAUCACACUGAUAUGGGCAACUAAACAAUCGGCGAUGGUCCGAUCUCUUUGUGCGCAGGAGCUCAAGCCAUUUAUUGGCCACCCAGCUAUCGAAAACCAUUUCUACGCCACCUCGCGCCACGAGUCCCGCGCGUUGGUCGAGCAUGAUAACCUAGAAAAGACAAACAGUCAUGCUACUGGAAUUGGUCUAGGUAUCUCCUAUGGACGACCCAAUAUCCGGGAGAAGGUGCUAGGCGUGAUUGACGAAGUUCACGCUGCGGGAGCUGCAGGCGGCAGCGUCGCUAUCCUUACUUGUGGCCCGGCAGCGAUGGCCGAUGAGGCGAGGGCUACUGUGCACACGGCAAUGAAGCAAGGGAAGAGAGGCGUUAGGUACUUCGAGGAAGCUUUUGGGUAA